GGUGAGAGAGGCUGAUGUCUUAUGAUUCUAACGUGAGCCUUACCAAUAAGGUAACGUUUGCCGUAUGUGAAGAAAACAUUCACGCUUGGACUUUCAGAGAAUGCGUAUCCCUGAAUACUAGACGCUAAUAUCCGUUCGUUGCUAGAGCCAAUCUAGCAUCCUGUGAAUGAAGCGGAAUGGCUUAGCCCCAGUCCUCUGUGUGGCAAACAGGUCCGAACUGAUACUCGCUACAUUCUGAAAGUCACCAACGACAAAGCGAUCUUACACCGAGAAUACUCACGAUUGCGAUGACAUCAACCUUUGAUGCUUUUCGCACAUUAGUGCAUUUUUAUUUUGAGACCUUGCGAAGUUAAUAUAUUUAACGAAGUUGUACAUAUAAUAGUAGAAGUCCCUCGAUUUCACACAUUUUGUGAAAAAGAGCACCCAGUUUUGGUAUUCAAAAUAGUUAAACAAAACGAUUUCAACUUUGUGACAACAAAAGUGGAAAAGAUUUAUUUCCAUGCUCUUUCGUUCGUUGAAAUUGCUGUGUACUUACUUUGUAUAUUACUUAUUUUUUGAAAAAGUGGAAAAAACAGAUAUAAACUGCAAAAAAUUCGAGUUUUAUUCGUUAAAUCGGGUAAUAGUCUGCACACUUCGUUAAGAAAAUAUGAAGUGUCUUGUACAUAACGGACACUGACUUCUUUUGCAUAUCUCAUUUAAAAUGAGGAAUAACAAAAACACAAUCAUACACGUGCUUUAGACACAUGGUGUACUAUUUAUGUUAUAAACAGAAUGUGGAUUAUCUAUUUGUAUAAGAAAUAUAAAUUCUCACUUUGAAAUAAGAGAAAAAGAAUUCUUUUGUGUUCUUGUGAUUCGAUCGACUCGAUGCAGAAUUUAGAGUCCCGCCGUGAGAUCGCGUGUGUACAGCGAUCGCGCCGCGAGUUUUAAUUCGCUUCGCGAGUGUCACAAGAUACUUUUUCAAAAAAAUACGAUUUUAUCGAAAUCACGCCGCGACAACGCGACUUUAUAGAGAUCUCUCCGCGACAAGCGCGAGAUAAUAGCGAUCUAGCGCGAGUUAGUCGCGAUCGUUGACCUGGGCGGUCCAUAUUUUGAAUUCGCGGCCACCGAGGGUUUAUCUGCAAUAGCGCACAACGGAAAUUCUCUGGACUGACAGGUACUUUUGAAAUGGACUCUACGUUAACUACAACAUUUAGGGAGCCGUGCCCGCGCCAGCGUCGAGCAGUGCGGAACACUGGCGCUACCGUUUAAAUCACUGCAACAGCGCGUUCCACCUAGGUAUAGACGCUAGUUGGGUUUGUUUGUUAGAAAUAAAAUAUAACUCUCUUGUUGCAGAGAUGUUUUUCUACAGUUGAAAAUCAAGUUCGGUACUUUAUAAGUGUACAUUAAAAGUAUUUCUGUACGAGGGAGAGUCAAAGUUAGACUUAAGGCUCUCCUUAUUCUGAGUCAAACGGGCUUGUCAAUGAGGCAAAUGACUCAGUGGGUCGCCUCGAUUCACGUUACUUGUGAUUAAUACCACUGCCAUUGUGGCUUGGAAGAAAGCUUAAUUAGUGAGACUGUUUUACAUACGUGUUUGCUCAGAGAGUACCCUGCAAGACUUUUUUUAAUACGCUAAAGUGUAUUUUUCUGUUGAUAGACACGCAAUGAUACCGUUUUUAGACUUUAUUACAGUUUUCUUUUGAAGUAUCAGAAUCGCUUUGAAAAUGUGUCUUCUCUAUGAUGCAACGUUGAAACAAGCUCAAGUACUUUUUCCAAGCAAGGAAUACUUGCUUUAUCAUUUAUUUCUGUUCAGGUAUUGACACAUUCCUCCCAUUCAAAUGAAACUCAAUUUACCGUCUUUCUAAAUUUGAAUGGUACAAAUAUUCGAAACAUUCGAAAAUUAGUUCUACAUUCACAACACUUAUUACAAGAAAUUGCAUUACUGUUAGAGCCAGUUAUUUCGGGUAAACAAUGUCUAUCAUGUUCAUUCAUAUCGAUACCAACUUAUCAACAAUUGAUUCACCUGUUAAACUUUAGUUUAUUAAACUUAAGUAGUCGAACUGGAUUAUUGUAUCUUUUAAAAUCAAUUAGCAAUGAUCUUUGUACAUAUUUUGUUAGUUUACAUAAAAAUUGUAAAAAUAAUGUUACACCAAACGGAUUAUGGACAGUAUUAAAGGAAUGUUGUCACAUACCAUCAACUGAAGUUGUUAAUGAAUUAUUAGAAUCAAUGACGAAACCGAAAGUGAUACCGGCAUGGGAUAUUGCUCCUGAGUUAGAAAUCGUCUUCUAUCGUGAACGAUCGAUUAGCCAUAUAAACUGGCCACUAUUUUUCAAUUGGUUGGGUUAUGAAACCGAUGAUGAUACUUCUAAAGAUAUUGUAGUUCCAAUGUCCUUCAAUUCCUGGUCUCAUAUAUCAGAUUAUAUGAAAACGAGUGAUGUAAAGAUAAUACGCACUAUACAAGACCUUACAACAUUAUUUGAUACCAUUAAAGAUUUGUAUCAAUUUGACGAUUUGUUAUACGACUUUACACUUCUUUCGUCAAUUGAUCCCACGAAGUCUGACGACUACCAAACUCUCGUCGAUUCAUUAGAAGCUUUAAAACGCAUUUUGACAAAAUUCUUACAAUUCACUCAUCUAAAACACGCUUUCACACAAAAAGUGACCUGGAUUCAGUUUAAAUUAAAACUAGAUCAUAUGUCUUAUUAUGAACCCUAUAUUAGUCCAGUCUAUUCAUUUUACUAUAAUCAUCAUAAAUUAUUUCCCCCAUUCUUUUCACUAAAACCACUCAGUCACCAGCCUACAACAAUUGAUAAUGACAUUGAUAUUAAUGAACUGAUAGAAGGAGAAAGUGUUGAUUACCUUUGGUGUUUCCGAGAUUAUUUAUCGACGCGAUCAUUGAGAGAACAAUUAUAUAAAAUGAAAUACAUGGACAUUGAUCAACUUCGUUCGUAUAUAAAAGCAAUGUGUGUUCGAAAACCAUCGAGUUGGAAGGAACUUCGACCGGCAUGUGAAAAUUUAAUUGAAAAACGAAUUAUUAUUUUACAGCGAAGUGUUACAACGACAAAUGAAGAUAUAAUAUACAAGAAGAAACUUAUAGCACAAUUAAAAGAAAUUUGGGAUCUCGUAGUAUCCGGCGAUAAGAAACCACUCUCAAUAUUUCAGAAUGAAACAAAACAGAGUGUAAAAAGAUAUCCAUUUGAAAAUAAGAAACAAAAAUUAUUAAAAAUGAAGAAUAGGAAUUUCAGCCAUUAUGACUAG